UGUCCAGUUAUUAAAAACAUGGUGCUCCAGUCAUCAUUAAAGAACUGCCUUCAGCUGUCCUGCAUCCUCCAGGCUCCAAAAGCUGGCUUCAGAAACACAGCAAGUGGAGGCCUCAUUAUCCAGUCUACUUCUAAUGAUGUUUACCAGAAUCUUGCUGUGGAAGACUGGAUACAUGACCACAUGAAUUUAGAGAACCGACAGGUCCUUUUCCUUUGGAGAAAUUCCCCUGCUGUGGUAAUAGGGAGACAUCAGAACCCCUGGCAGGAAGGCAACCUCAGGCUAUUGAGGCAAAAAAAUAUAAAACUAGCCAGGAGAAGAAGUGGAGGAGGGACAGUUUACCAUGACUUAGGCAAUAUCAAUUUGACUUUCUUUACAACCAGAAAAAAACAUGAACGAAUGGAAAACCUGAAACUAGUUGUGAAGGCCCUGAAAGCCUUGCGCCCACAGAUAGAUGUACAUGUCACUGACAGAUACGAUAUCUUGCUAGACAGGCAAUACAAAAUCUCAGGUACUGCUGCAAAACUGGGAAGGACAGCUGCUUAUCACCACUGUACCUUACUCUGUAACACGGAUAAGUUUGUUUUAUCUUCUGUGCUAAGAAGUCCUUAUAAAGGGCUAAAAAGCAAUGCUACUCCUAGUGUGCCUGCCUCAGUGAAAAAUCUCUUUGAAGAGGAUCCUAGUUUAACUUGUGAGCUGCUCCUGGAUGCCAUUGCUGAAGAAUAUGCUAUGCAGCACCACAUCGAUCAUCAUAUCAACGUAAUAAACCCAGCUGAUGAGACUGUGCUUCCUGGAAUUAAUAAUAAAGCUAAAGAACUACAAACCUGGGAAUGGGUGUAUGGAAAGACGCCGAAGUUCAAUGUUAGCACUCAUUUUAACAUAGCCUAUAAAGAUUCUGUUCUUGAUGUUAAAGUAGAUAUGGAUGUAAAGCAUGGAAGGAUUGAAGUCUGUAACAUUGAUCUGCCAGAGCAGUGGCUGCCACCAGCACUGUGCAGUGAGCUGGUGAAGAGCCUCACCGGCAGUAAGUUUUGCCCAAAUGAAACCACUGCGCUAGUGACAACAUUACUAAGAGCAUGGCCACAAGAUGGUGACUUGCAGAGCAGAUGGCAUCUGCUCUGUGAGAAUAUGAAAAUGUUAAUGUGACUUGCACUUUGAAAAUGCAAGUUAAACUGCUGCUGCUUUUUAUUUAUUGAAAACAAAAUUAA